UAAAUUCCUUAGAAAGUUUCCAAACUAUUCAAUUACUCUCCGAAAAAAUAUUUUGAAUAUUGAUAAAUAAGAUUUGUAAUCGAUUAGUUUAAAGUUAACGAUUUCACAAAUUUUCUUGAUCUUCCUAUCUACUUAAUUCUGUAGUUUGAUUAAAUUAUGGCUGGUUUAGCGCCAGGCAUUCAUAUAGUAGAUGAAUUCGAGAAAGCUUUCCAAGAUUGCCUCGCAGUCUUAACAAAUCCUGAUCAUUUCAACUCGCGUGAUUCUGAUGAAACAAGAACUUCUGUUGAUCUUACUAUUCAGCAUUUCUUGGAUGUUUCAAAGCAAAUGGAUUGUUUCUUUUUACAGAAGAGACUUUUACUAUCUGAGCAGAAACCUGAACACUUAUUGGUUGAGAGUAUUCAAGAGCUUAAAAAUGAACUUGCUAGAAAAGAUGCACUCCUUGACAAAUAUCAUGAAAAGAUCCAAGUAUGGCAAAACCUUCUACAGGAUGUUCCUGGUAUGCCUCGUCCUCCCCCACCGGCACCCCCUGCUCCUUCGCAGCCAACUCAAAGCAUCCCACCUAUGCAACCAGGUCCAUCCAAUCAAAUACCACCUCAAGUUGGACAAUCAGGCGCUGCGCCUCCCACUCAUCCGCACCACAUGAUGCAACAUCAUGGUAUACCACCAAUGACAUCAUCACCUGUGCCUAUGCAACCAGGCAUGGUUAUGCAGCCUCAACAAAUGCAUCCUCAACAACAUGCUAUGGCUGGAGCACAGCCUGGUGGACUGCAAGGCCCCCUUGCAUACCUUGAGAGAACUAUGUCAAAUAUUGGAAUGCCGGAUACUAGUGGACGAUAGUAUUUCCAUAUCAACUAAAAAGCUUUUGAAUUGACUGAGUUUUCAAGAAUAGUUUUUUUAAAAAAAAUAUUUUUACAAUACCUAUUUAAAAUUGUAUGAUUUGUAAGAGGAGGUUCAUUCACAAAAGUGUGCUUAAAUGCAGCCUGGUUUCUAAAAGUGUUAAUAAAAUCAAUGAAAAGAUUUUGUAAAAAACAAAUUUGUUCAAUUUACUAUGUUCUUAUUGGAUUAUUUAAAUUUGUAAUCUCAUAAAAAAAUGGCUUUAAAAUAAUAUUCUUUACAAAUAUAUAUUUUCUCUCAAAAUUUUUUGUUGUGUGCCAGCUAAAUCUUAAAUGAAUCUCUCCUGCUUGUUGUAUGUCAAAGUAAGAUUUCAUUUUUUUGAAAUCAAUAGAAAAGUUUGGUAGUGCUAUGAAAUACUAGUAGCAAAACCAGGAUACUUAUUAACAUUUUUACAGUGCAUUUUGGGAUACAGAAAAUGCAACAUAAUCAUUACUGUGUGAUAUUGCAAUAAAAUGAUUACUGAAUUGGAAAAUGUGGUUAAUUUACGACUUAGUAUUAAAAAGUAACUGCACAAAUUCGAAAUUCUGUUGUCACAAUAACAUCAUAUUACUGAAUUUAAAAACCUCAUCCAUUUUUCAGUUGUUCAUGUUGAAAUAGAUAAAAAAAAUCAACAGAAAAAGAUGAAGAAAAAGAUUAGAAAACUAUGUUAGCAAUGAAAUCGUCAUGAUUAAAGUGCGCAAAAAAUGAUUACUCGAAUUUGAAAUUUACGUGUUGCAAUAAUAUUGUAUUAAAAAUAUCAGAGUUUUCAAAACUACAUGAAAAGGGUCAUAAAAUUGAAAAGUAAUUAAAAAUAACUGUCAAGAAAAUAGUCGGAGAAUGACGUGGAUUUACAAUGUAACCAUUGAACAUCUCAAAGAAGUAAAAGUUAUUUUCAAAGAACAAAAUCAUCAUGCAAUUUAAAAAAAAUAAUGAUGAAUAAAUAGAAAUUCUCAUCAAAAGAAGCCUCCAACUGCAUUAUAUUUUCAAGCUUCAUUUUAUUCUAAACUUAAAAAAAUAAAAAGAGUUGAAUAGUUUC